AUGGUCCGUAGAAGAGGAGCCUCAAAUGUCUCGGCGGCAUCUUCUCUUCCUGAUGGAAACCAGGAGUUGGAGAGCAUGUAUGAUUAUCUGGCCAAGGUGAUUCUCCUUGGGCCAAGUGGUGCUGGAAAGUCCUGUGUGCUACAUCGAUUCGUGAAGAAUGAAUGGAGGGUGCUGUCAUCACCAACGAUAGGAGUCGAGUUCGCCUCGAGGAUCAUUAAACUGGGGACAGGUCCUCGGCGAACAAGGAUCAAAUUACAGCUUUGGGAUACCGCUGGCACAGAGCGAUUUCGAUCCGUCUCCCGGUCCUACUACCGUGGGGCUGCGGGGGCCAUCCUUGUCUAUGAUAUAUCGUCGCAUGCAUCAUUCGAAACUCUCCCUACCUUUUUAAUGGAUGCUCGUGCUCUCGCCUCCCCCAAUCUUACUGUUCUGCUGGCUGGAAACAAGACAGAUCUUUGUGCAGAUUUCGUGCCGCAUAUUGAGCCCAGCGACGAUGGAUUGAAGCCAUCGACGCCUUCCAGCACUUGCAGCAAACAGCCCUCUUUCACACUUGAGUCGGGGGGUGGCUCAAUACGCUCUGUAAACCAUUUAGGAACGGGGACAAGGAUGACAGCAACGUCUGCACCUCGUGGUCGCGAGGUCAGUCCGGAAGAAACUUCUCGCUGGGCUGCUAAAUCAAAUAUCCCUGCUUCGGUAGAGAUCUCUGCCCUCGCUGGAGAGGGUAUAGAUGAAUUAUUCCAUCGGCUAGCCCGGAUCAUACUUACGAAAAUCGAACUGGGUGAGAUAGAUCCUGAUGAUCCUCAGAGUGGGAUUCAAUACGGCGACGCGGCCCUUUAUGGUCACACCACCAGUGACGGCUCUAGCAUCCGGAGCCAAAUGAGCAUGGAAGACGAUAUAAUCCAUUUGCAUCACAAGACUCCCAGGAGAGGUGCAACGAAUUGGCGAAGCGGUGUGAGAGAGUGGGAAGAUGUUUUCCGUCCGAGUGGGCCCCGCCAUGGGAAAGACGGGGGAUGUUGCUAA